GUCUAUGCUUUCUUUGGUUGGAGACUUGGAAGGACCAAUUAGUGGCUUUUUCAACUUCAUCAUGGCGCAGGCACUUGCAUCUUCUCCCAACAAGCCAUGCUCCAAAAAUGGGUUUACUCUUAAGCGAAGUCUUCAGACGCAUCAGAAAUACUCUCUCAGUUGCAGAUUACAUUCUGGACGAAGCUCUAAUGCUUUAACAGCUGAUAACAUCACAAAACAAUGGUACAAUCUUGUUGCGGACCUACCGAUAAAGCCUCCCCCGGCUUUGCAUCCGAAGACUCAUAAGCCUCUUGAACCUCAAGAUCUUUCAGCAAUUUUCCCAGAUGAGUUGAUUAUGCAAGAACUCAGCAAUGAAAGAUAUAUCGACAUUCCAGAUGAAGUCAUCGACAUCUAUGGUCUCUGGCGUCCUACUCCAUUGAUCAGAGCUAAGAGAUUGGAGAAACUCCUUGGAACACCUGCCAGAAUCUACUACAAAUACGAAGGCACUAGUCCGGCCGGAUCACAUAAACCUAAUACUGCAGUUCCGCAAGCUUGGUAUAAUGCUCAACAAGGCGUCAAAAAGGUUGUUACCGAAACUGGAGCUGGCCAAUGGGGGAGUUCUUUGGCAUUUGCAUGUAGCCUCUUUGGUCUUGAAUGCGAAGUCUGGCAAGUCCGAGCAUCAUACGAUCAGAAGCCAUAUCGGAAAUUAAUGAUGCAAACAUGGGGAGCUAAAGUGCACCCAUCACCGUCGAAUGUGACAAAUGCUGGCAAGAAAAUUCUGCAUGACAAUCCUUCAAGCCCUGGUAGUUUAGGAAUUGCAAUUUCAGAGGCUGUAGAGAUUGCUGUGACCAAUGCCGAUACUAAAUACUGUUUAGGAAGUGUUUUGAAUCAUGUGCUGCUGCACCAAACUAUCAUUGGUGAAGAGUGUUUAAAACAAAUGGAAGAAAUAGGCGAGAUGCCAGAUAUUAUCAUUGGAUGCACUGGCGGAGGAUCAAAUUUUGGCGGCCUAACAUUCCCGUUCAUUAGAGAAAAACUGAAUGGAAAACUGAACCCUGUUAUAAGAGCUGUCGAGCCUGUUGCAUGCCCUUCACUCACUAAAGGUGUUUACGCUUAUGACUAUGGUGAUACGGUAGGGAUGACGCCUCUAAUGAAGAUGCAUACUCUUGGACAUGACUUUGUUCCGGACCCAAUUCAUGCAGGUGGUCUUCGGUAUCACGGAAUGGCACCACUGAUUUCGCAUGUUUAUGAGUUGGGUUUAAUGGAAGCUAUUGCAAUACCUCAGACUGAAUGCUUUCAAGCUGCAUUACAAUUUGCAAGGACCGAAGGACUGAUUCCGGCUCCGGAACCAACUCAUGCAAUCGCCGCAGUAAUACAAGAAGCAAUGCGAUGCAAAGAGACCGGAGAAAAGAAGGUUAUUCUGAUGGCUAUGUGUGGCCAUGGACAUUUUGAUCUUGCUGCCUAUGAUAAGUAUUUACAAGGAGAAAUGGUCGAUUUAUCGUAUUCUGCUGAAAAGUUGAAGGCAUCCAUGGCUAACAUUCCAGUACUUGUGCCAUGAAACAUUGAAAUCUUUGAGCAGGAACCACUGCAGAGCAUCAGCUGAAUUUUAAGUUUAUAUAUAUAUAUAUAUAUAUAUCAAUCUUUUCGGUUGAUCUUAAUAAAUUUAGGAUUGUUUUCUUGGUUGAUGAAAUUUGGAACUCAUAUUUAGAUGUUGUAAUCUAGUGUUAAAUUAAAGGACUUUUUACAUAUAUAUAAAAAUAUAUAUAAUGAAAAAAAAAACAUGCAGUGGAUUAUUACUUUAA